CAUCGAAAUCCACACUAUUUUCGAUUGUAUAGAGAUACUAGAUAAAUGUUGGCAAAUAUGGCUUGAUCAAUUUUCAACGCAUCUUAUUUCGAACAUAGUUUGCAGCGGGGACAUGUUCAACAUUAUUCCUAGACUGGUAGACAGGAAGUCCGAUGGUGUUCCCAUGGUAACAACGACUGUUCCUAUGGUUUCAAUGUGUGCUUAUCUGUGUAAGACAAACCACUCCUGUAAGGUAUUCCACUACCAUAACGACUCACAGGAAUGUGGUCUUUAUAAUAGUCAGAAUCACAGAGAUGUCGGCUUAAAAGUGGGGACCAAACACUUCCAAUUAAUGCCAAAAGAGUGUGUUCCAGGAAUUGACGAGUGGUUCCCAGAUAUAAACCAGUGUAUCUACCUUCAUACAACGACCACGCUCUAUGCAGAUGCCCAAGGAACGUGUCAUUCAAUGUCCAGAGAACUGAUGAGUAUAUAUGACGUGAAGUACCUCGGCGUCAAAACUGUGAUGCAAAAACUUAACAUUUUGGCAAUUCACACGUACGCUAGGAGAGUGGGCGCCUUCUCGUACGAGUGGCGGGAUGGUUCGGCUGUCACACAACACUGGUGUCCGAGCGAGCCCUUCGAGGAUCGGGACUGUGUGGGGUUAAUCGAGACCACGUGGUGUCCGGAAAUAGGACUCGACGACAGCUCCUGUACUAAAGUCAAGAGAGUCUUCUUUUGUGAAAAAUGAGCACAUAACUUUACAUACUGAAUAAAUCAUUAAACAUGUUCAUAACUAUAUCAGUGCAUUUAACUUUGCCUUAAAUGGUAGCCAAGAAUUAAUAA